AUGCCAACCUGUACUGAUUGUGGAGGGACUGUUAUCGAGUAUGAUGCUGCUGCUGGGAAUGGCUUUUGUGUGCGAUGCGGAACCGUGGUUGAAGAAAACACUAUUGUCAACGAGGUCGCUUUCGGAGAGACCUCAUCGGGAGCUGCUAUGGUCCAAGGAUCAUAUGUAGCCCAGGGUUCCAGUCACGCAAGGAUGAAUGGACCGUUUGGCAACAGAGGAAGUAAUGAAUCAAGAGAACAGACUAUUGCUAAUGCUACGAGGAAAAUCCAAAACAUAGCCGGAGUCUUGCGUUUAUCGGAACAAGUAUGCUUAGCUGCAACACGGCUCUAUACUCUUGCAGUCGAACAUAAAUUUACUAAAGGCCGCAAGAGCAUGAACGUCGUCGCCGUCUGUCUUUACGUUUCCUGUCGGCAAAAGGAGACCAGGAAUUACAUGCUCAUUGAUUUUUCGGAUAUCCUUCAGGUAAAUGUUUUCGAGCUCGGACACACCUACCUUCAACUCGUGCAAACUCUUAAUCUUCGCCUCCCUCUGGUCGAUCCAUCGCACUACAUCUCCCGUUUCGCUGCCUUACUUGAGUUCGGUGAAGAAACUCACCGUGUCGCAACAGAUGCCAUUCGACUUGUGCAGCGGUUUGACCGAGAUUGGAUGACUCGUGGUCGACGUCCCGCCGGAAUAUGUGGCGCUGCCCUUCUCCUUGCCGCACGUAUGAAUAAUUUCCGGCGAUCGGUCGAGGAGAUCGUUCAAGUGGUCAAGAUAGCAGACAGCACACUCAAGAAGCGGCUUGAUGAAUUCAAAAACACGCCCAGUGGUGCGUUAACAUUGGCAGACUUUCGGACUGUCUGGUUGGAGGAUGAGAUGGACCCACCUGCAUAUACAAAAGGGAAGGAGAAGGAGGAAGCGGAAAGACUAGCAGCGGAGCAGGGAGUACUAGAGAUCGAGCCAACGUCUAAAAAUAAAAGGCAAAAGAAGGACAAAGAGAAGAAGAAGAAGAAGAGAAAACGUAAACGUAAACGUGGAGAUGGUGACGACGAAGAGGCAACGGAUGAAGAUGUCGAUGCGGAAGGGGACUCAGAUGGCGAGCCUAUCGCUCCCAUGCCACCAAAUUUGCGACAACCCAUCGACCUAUCACUGAUGAAUGAAGGGAUACUAGCUGGUGUGCAAAAUUUGGAAGAGCCCCCCCUAUUUCUUCCUGAACUCACUAUGGAUCAAACCCCCGAUCCAAUUAUCGACCCUGCGCUACUGUCGCAACCUGUCCCCUCAUCCUCCCUCUCAAACUUUCCCUCCUCCGUUGAUUCACACUGGCCACCACAAUCCUCGUCCUCGAUUGAUCCCACGUUGAUGGCACCUCCUAUGGAUCCUUUUGAAGUAGCUGUCUCUUCUGCACUGGCAGAAGAAGUUUCGGCAUUCCUUGACAAUAAUCAAGGGAGCUUGCUCUCGAAUGCUCUUGAUGACGCAGAGCAACAGCGCCUGGCGCAAAUAAAUUCCAACGUUGAUGAUCAGUUGCUAGGGCUAGAUGAGGAUGAGCUGAACAGGUUCUUGUUAACAGACGAAGAGGUCAAAAUUAAGGAGAGGGUCUGGGUUGAGUUGAACAAAGAUUAUUUGGAGGCACUUGCAGCUAAAGGUGACCAAUCUUCUUCGAAAGAAUUGAAGGCCCGCAAAGUUCGUCGCCGGAAAACACACAAUAACAAACCGCGUGAUACAUCCACCCCUCAUGGUGCAACACCUGCAGAAUCUGUGCGGAACCUGAUCCAGAAAAAUCCAAGAUACAGCAAAAGGAUCAAUUAUGAUGCAUUGAAGGACCUCUUCGUCGACUCCAAUGUCCAUUCACCCGAUCAUGGUCCUGAUUUUGGACCUGCCGGUGUGGGCGAGGCUUCAAUGGACUUUGACGACGUCGGUCUGUAUACAUUGGAUGAUAAAGACGACAAGGACGAUGCAGAUCUCAUUGUUAUCGAGGAAGAUGGAAUAUUAGGCGUGUCCCCGGCUCAUCCACGCGAGGAACAUGAUGGAGACGGAGAGGCAGAGGUGGGAGGAUGGGAGGAUGUAUAUGAACAAGAAGUAUAA